GCUUUCAAGUCUAAUUUUUUCAUUGCUAUUGCUUUACCAAAUCUAAACCUCAUAAAAAUAGAAAGAUAUGUUUGCUUUGAUAAGAUUGCUGAAGGUUCUAUACAAGCAUUGCCCAAUAAUAAUACUAAAGAGAAAACUAAUAAUGAGACAUUAACUUACCAAGAUUUGAAAAACCUUGAUAAUAAUAUACCAGUUGAUACAAGCACUGUUUUCACUUUACAGGAAUCUUCUAAAUCUGCCAUUGAUAGUGCUGUAGAUAAAAACCAAAUCUUAUUGAAAGAAGAUAAUGAAGACAAUGAUUGUAAAGUAUUAAACAAUGAAAUAAUUAGUAUUCAAGCUCCACAAGAAGAACUUCUUCAAGAGGCUUGUAUAAAUGUUGUUAAUAUGGAAAAUAAAAAUUAUGUAAUCGAAUAG